GCGCCGCGUCGCUCACUUUAAAGUCUCCAAAAGAACCAAGGAAUAUGCAGCGGUGAAUAACAAUGGUUGAAUUUCCAUGAGAGUUCUUUAGUCCUGAGAGGAGGUGCAGGUUUAUGUUAAUGACUGUGUGUGUGUGUGUGCGGGGGGAGAGACGCGCACGCACGGAGCCAUUUUGUCCUCAUUUAAAACUUAACGUGGAUACUGUCACUUGGCUCCAUGGAUACCACCCUGAUAAACUGUGUUUUCUGCUGUUAAAAAGCUACAAUGAAGGAUAAAAGAAGGUCGACGUGCCGGCAGAAGGAGAGCUGACGUGUUUUUCUGCAUGUUUUGUGGAGUUUUACACCAUGGAUUUAGUAAUGUGUUGGUUAUUAUGGGUUCACCUUCUCCUCUGCACUCCUCUCAUGGGAUGUUUUGACUUGCACCUCUCGGAGACUUUACAUUCUGGAGCUGUUCUUGCCAAUUUGUCACUCGGACCUGGUUGGACUUAUAAAAUCGACAGGACUUUAACUUCCAAGUACAUUGGGAACUUUAUUAAAGUGGAUUGGAGAGAUGGAGUAGUGCGUUUAAAUGGAGAGGUGGACUGUGCGCGCGCCACACAGAGCGCGCUGCCUCUUUAUUUUAAAAUGAAAUCAUUAACAACUGAAGGACUAGUUAACGCACAUUUUAAUGUGUUCGUACACGGACGCAAUUGCGUGUUCAAAUAUAAAAGGAAGAGAGUGAGUAAGCCUGACAUUAACGUGGAUUGCAGCUAUAACUUGGGACUAACUUCCUGCUUUUCUCCAGGUGAUGUACUUCUUAGUUUUAAGGACUAUUUACCUGUAUUCGCAAGACACUCGGCUUCUUCUUGCACCUCAGACCACCUGAAUGUGUUUGUGCGUAACGGGACGUUACUUGUGAAGGACGCGUACUGUUUGGAGACACGCUUCAAAGACACUAUUCGCUGUUUGUUUCGUGAUUCAAACGGCGAGCCCUUCUCUAUGUGCCUUAAAUUACGAUUCGCCUCAGUCCAAACUUCAUUAUUACACUCUAUGCAAGACGUAUCAAAUCAAUGGAAACCGAGAGUAAAGCGAGCGGCGAAUUCAGCGCCUCAGUUUCAGUUACCGAACUACCAUGUUUCAGUGCCCGAGAACGAGCCUGCGGGUACGCGCGUCAUCACCCUCAAAGCGACUGACAGCGACCCUGGAGAGGCGGGAAGGAUCGAGUAUGGCAUGGAGGCAUUACUCGACAGCCGUUCUAACGGCUUCUUUCGGAUAGACCCCCAAACCGGCAGCAUUGAGACCGUCCAGCCCUUAGAUAGAGAAGUUAAAGACAUGCACCUUUUUAAAGUCACAGCUACUGAUAAUGGCACGCCGCGACGCGCAGCCACGUCAUACCUAACCGUUACAGUUAGCGACACCAACGACCACGGACCCGUUUUUGAGCAGAAUGAAUACAGGGUUAGGAUAAGAGAAAAUGUGGAGGUUGGUUUUGAGGUGAUUACAGUAAGGGCGACAGAUGGAGAUGCACCAUCCAAUGCAAACAUGAUAUAUAAGAUUGUGAAUGGUGAAGGUGUCAAUUCUGGGUUUGAAAUCGAUUCUCGCAAUGGACUGGUCAAGAUUCGGGUGCGUCCAGACAGAGAAACUAUGGCUCAGUAUCAACUGAUAGUAGAGGCAAAUGACCAAGGAAAGGACCCUGGACCUCGCAGUGCUACUGCGACAGUGUACAUCACGGUUGAAGAUGAAAAUGACAAUUACCCUCAGUUUAGUGAGAAAAGAUAUAUAGUCCAAGUGCCAGAAAACGUGGCAGUUAACACUAAAGUGGCCCAGGUAGAAGCCACAGACCGAGACGAGGGCAAUAACGCUAAGGUUCAUUACAGUAUAAUCAGCGGCAACGUCAAAGGUCAGUUCUUCAUUCACACCCCUACCGGAGCCAUCGACGUCAUAAACCCUCUGGACUACGAAGUGAUCAGAGAAUAUAAUUUACGCAUCAAGGCACAGGAUGGAGGCAGGCCUCCUCUUAUUAAUGGCACAGGAAUCGUUGUCGUCCAAGUUGUGGAUGUGAACGACAAUCCUCCCAUGUUUGUAAGCACUCCUUUCCAAGCCACCGUUUUAGAGAACGUGCCCAUUGGAUAUUCUGUGAUUCACAUUCAGGCCAUCGAUUCUGACUCUGGCGAAAAUGCCCGUUUGGAUUACCGCCUCACAGACACCACUCCAGAUUUCCCCUUCACUAUCAAUAACAGCACUGGAUGGAUAACAGUCAGUGUUGAGCUGGACAGGGAAACCACUGAGUAUUACACCUUUGGAGUUGAAGCCAGAGACAACGGAGUUCCGGUAAUGUCGUCGUCGGCUAGCAUUAGCAUCACCAUCCUAGACGUGAACGACAACAUCCCUACGUUCACCGAAAAAUCAUACUCUCUGAAAAUCAAUGAAGAUGCCGUUGUAGGAACCAGUGUGUUAACUGUCACAGCUCUGGACCGUGAUGUAAACAGUGUGGUCACCUAUCAGAUCUCCAGCGGUAAUACGCGGAACCGCUUUGCUAUAACUAGUCAAAGCGGAGGUGGACUCAUCACCCUGGCAUUGCCGUUAGAUUACAAACAGGAACGGCAGUACGUUCUGACUGUCACUGCCUCUGACGGUACACGCUUUGACACCGCACAGGUGUUCAUCAACGUAACCGACGCUAACACUCACAGACCCGUGUUCCAGAGCGCCAGCUACCAUCAGACCUUCAGCGAGGACCGACCCAUUGGAUCAACAGUUGUGGUAAUCAGUGCAACGGAUGAGGAUACGGGUGAGAAUGCACGUAUUACCUACAUCAUGGAGGACAACGUACCACAGUUUAAGAUUGAUCCAGACACAGGUGCAAUCACCACACAGAUGGAGAUCGACUAUGAAGAUCAAGCGUCCUACACGCUGGCCAUCAUCGCCCGUGACAAUGGAAUCCCCCAGAAGUCUGAUACCACCUAUGUGGAAAUCAUUGUUCUGGAUGCCAAUGAUAAUACUCCUCAGUUUGGGAGGGACAAAUACCAGGGAACUGUGUUCGAAGAUGCACCUCUAAUGACCAGCGUGCUCCAGAUAUCUGCUUCAGACAGGGACUCAGGGUCUAAUGGACGUGUGAGCUACACCUUUCAAGGAGGGGACGAUGGGGAAGGAGACUUCAUAAUUGAGCCGUACUCUGGAAUUAUCAGAACCCACCGGAAGCUGGACAGAGAGAACGUUCCAGUCUAUAACCUGAAGGCCUAUGCAGUAGAUAGAGGUGUUCCUCCUCUCAAAGCAGCAGUGGAGAUCCAGAUAUCUGUGUUGGAUAUCAAUGACAAUGCUCCUGUUUUUGAGAAGGACGAACUGUACAUCGAUGUCAAAGAAAACAGUCCUGUUGAUUCAGUAGUUGCCCGGAUCACCGCCAUGGACCCCGACGAAGGAACCAACGCUCAGAUAUUGUACCAAAUUGUGGAAGGAAACAUCCCUGAGGUCUUUGACUUGGAUAUAUUCACCGGAGACUUAAAAGCGCUUGUGGAUUUGGACUACGAGACCAAAAUGGAGUAUGUCAUAGUUGUACAGGCCACAUCCGCACCUCUGGUCAGCAGAGCAACGGUCCACAUUCGUCUGGUUGAUGUCAAUGACAACGAUCCCGUCCUGCAGAAUUUUGAGAUUAUCUUCAAUAACUACGUCACCAACAAAUCCAACAGCUUUCCGUCUGGGAUUAUAGGAAAGGUACCAGCCCAUGAUCCAGAUGUGUCAGAUAAACUCAAGUAUAGUUUCAUUGAAGGAAAUGAGCUGAAUUUGCUGAUUCUAAACCCGGAUACUGGAGAGCUAAAACUCAGCAAAGAUCUGGAUAACAACAGACCUCUGGAGGCCACCAUGAAAGUUUCUGUCACAGAUGGUAUCCACCAAGUGACGGCCUUCUGUACUCUCCGUGUGACCAUCAUCACUGACGAGAUGCUAACGAACAGCAUCACGGUCCGUCUGGAGAACAUGUCCCAGGAACGCUUCCUAUCCCCGCUGCUCUCUCUAUUUGCUGAAGGUGUGGCAGCGGUCCUCUCAACUAGUCGCGAAGGAGUUUUCGUCUUCAACGUCCAGAAUGACACGGAUGUCAGCGGCAACAUCCUCAAUGUAACCUUCUCCGCCUUGCUUCCUGGAGGAGCUCCGGAUCGCUACUUCCCUUCAGAAGAACUUCAGGAGCAAAUCUACCUGAACCGAACUCUGUUACGAAAAAUCUCCAGCCAAAGUGUCCUUCCGUUUGAUGACAACAUCUGCCUGCGGGAACCUUGCGAAAACUACAUGAAAUGUGUCUCUGUAUUGAAGUUUGACAGUUCUCCGCCUUUCAUAGCUUCUGACACUGUUCUCUUCAGACCAAUCCAUCCCAUUAACGGGCUACGCUGCCGUUGUCCUGCUGGCUUUACCGGUGACUACUGUGAGACCGAGAUUGACCUGUGUUACUCUGGGCCAUGCCGCAACAAUGGCCGCUGCCGCAGUCGAGAGGGAGGGUACACCUGCGAGUGUCUAGAGGACUUCACAGGUGAGAACUGUGAAGUAGAUGCCCGCUCUGGCCGCUGUGUUCCUGGGGUCUGUAAAAAUGGAGGUGAGUGUGUCAACCUGCUAGUGGGUGGCUUUACGUGCAACUGCCCUUCUGGAGAGUAUGAGAAACCUUUCUGUGAGAUGACAACCCGCAGCUUUCCCGGACAAUCCUUCAUUACCUUCAGAGGCCUGAGACAGAGAUUCCACUUCACUGUGUCCUUCAUGUUUGCCACAAGAGAGAGAAACGCCCUUCUACUCUACAACGGUCGUUUUAAUGAGAAACACGACUUCAUAGCUGUGGAGAUCAUAGAGGAACAGAUUCAACUCACCUUCUCAGCAGGUGAGGCUAAAACAACUGUUGCACCUUUCGUACCAGGUGGAGUUAGCGACGGCCAGUGGCAUUCGGUUCAGCUUCACUACUACAACAAGCCUAAGAUAAGUCAUUUGGGGUUGCCUCAAGGGCCGUCGGGUGAGAAGGUGGCAGUAGUCGCCGUGGACGACUGUGACAUCGCCAUGGCUGUGCGGUUUGGCAGUCAGAUUGGCAACUACUCCUGCGCUGCCCAGGGCACUCAGACCGGGCAGAAGAAGUCUUUGGAUCUCACUGGGCCUCUUCUCCUUGGCGGGGUUCCCAACCUUCCAGAAGAUUUCCCCAUACGGAACCGGGACUUUGUGGGCUGCAUGAGGAACCUAACGAUUGACAGUAAAUCCAUAGACAUGGCCAGUUACAUCGCCAACAAUGGCACCACUGAAGGCUGUCCAGCGAAGAAGAACUUCUGCUACGAGGGCUUGUGUCAGCACGGCGGUCAGUGUGAAAAUAGGUGGAACACAUACUUUUGUGACUGUCCUGAAGGCCGGGGCGGCAAGAACUGCGAUCAGGUCAUGCCUUCACCGCAGCACUUUGAUGGUCGUGCCAUGGUGUCGUGGAAUGACCCUGAUAUCACCAUCGCUGUGCCCUGGUACAUCGGCCUAAUGUUCCGCACCAGACAGACCAGUGGAACCACAACCCUAAUGCAGGUCAACGCUGGCGACACGUCUCAAAUCAACCUUCUGAUAAGGGACAAGUACGUGCGGUUUGAAGUGCUUCUGGGAGAGCAGAAAGUGGCCACGCUGGAUUUCCCAGAGGUCCGAGUGAAUGAUGGGGAAUGGCAUCACCUCCUUGUGGAGCUGAGGAGUAGCAAAGAUGGGAAGGACACCAAGUACGUGGCACAGGUGUUCCUGGACUACGACAUGUUCACGAAGUCAACAGAGAUCGGAAAUGAACUGCCUGGACUCAAGCUGAGGAGUCUGUUCAUUGGCGGACUUCAGGGACUGAGUAACAGCGUCCAGCAGGGCUUUCAGGGAUGCAUGCAGGGGGUCAGGAUGGGGGAGACCGCCACCAACACAGCUAACAUCAACAUGCAGCAGGCGCUAAAGAUCCACGUGGAGGAAGGCUGUGAUAUGGCCAACCCCUGCGACUCCAACAUCUGCCCCGAGAACAGCGACUGCACAGACGACUGGAACGCACACACCUGCGCCUGUGACCCUGGUUUCUUUGGCAAAGACUGUGUUGAUGCAUGUCAUCUGAACCCGUGUGAGCAUUUGUCCACGUGUGUUCGUAAGCCGAGCUCCUCUCACGGCUACACAUGCGAGUGCAGUCAGGACUACUAUGGACAGUACUGUGAAAACAAGGUGGAGAAACCAUGUCCUCGUGGAUGGUGGGGCAGCCCCAUGUGCGGUCCUUGCGACUGUGAUGUCAGCAAAGGCUUCAACCCUGACUGCAACAAGACUACUGGAGAAUGUCGCUGCAAGGACAACUACUAUCGACCGAAAGACAGCAACACCUGUUUCCCCUGUGACUGCUUCCAUUUGGGCGCCAAUUCACGCACCUGCGACCCAGAGACGGGUCAGUGUCCCUGCAAGGCGGGCGUGAUUGGACGCCAGUGCAACCGCUGUGACAACCCCUUCUCUGAAGUGACCAGCACGGGCUGUGAGGUUGUGUAUGAGGGCUGCCCAAAAGCCUUUGAUGCUGGAAUCUGGUGGCCCAGGACCAGUUUUGGACGUCCAGUUGCCAUGAAUUGCCCCAAGGGAUCUAUUGGCACUGCUGUCAGACACUGCAAUGAUGAGAAAGGCUGGCUGCCCCCUGAACUCUUCAACUGUACCACCAUCACAUUCUCCCACCUUAAAAAACUGAAUGAGGAGUUGCAUCGUAAUGAAUCCACAAUGGAUGGGCAGAAAUCAAAGGACAUCGCUCGCAUGUUACAGAACGCCACUGACCAGACCAGCUCCUUCUAUGGCAACGACAUAAAGACAACCUACCAGCUCAUUUCCUGGAUCCUACACUAUGAGAGCCAGCAACAGGGCUUUAACCUGGCCGCCAUGCGUGACGCCAAAUUUAACGAGAACAUAGUUAAGGCCGGCAGCGCAAUACUGGAUGCCAGUAAUAAAGAGCACUGGGAUCAGAUACAGAGAACAGAAGGAGGCACAGCACAUCUGCUGAGAAACUUUGAGGAAUAUGCCAACACUGUGGCUCAGAACAUGAGGAAAACCUACCUGAAACCCUUCAUCAUUGUAACCGAGAACAUGGUUUUUGCAGUGGAUUAUCUGGACGCCAUUUAUCCAGAUGAAGUACAAAUACCUCGUUUCCAAACAACUGACCAGGAGUGUCCCAAAGACCUUAAGUCAUCUGUUCUUUUCCCGGAAUUCAGCUUCAAAUCUUCAGAUCAUAAAGUUUCUCCUACAGAUGAUCCAGAAUCCCAGAGAAGCUCUGACGAAGAGCACAAUCAGGCUACAAACAAAAGGAAAAGGCAUGCUGAGAGUCUUCCUCCAUUUCCUGUUGCUGCAGUCAUCAUCUAUAAAACUAUGGGCCAGCUCCUGCCAGAACACUACGAUCCCGACCGCCGAGUCUCAGGUACAGAACGACACUUUUUUAAGCUGCCAAACCGUCCGGUCAUCAACACUCCCAUCGUAAGCACAACUGUGUACAGUGAAGGCGAGCCAUUACACAUUCCUCUGGAGCGACCAAUCACGCUGGACUACAACCUUCUCGAGACGGAGGAGAGAACCAAACCUGUGUGCGUGUUCUGGAACCACUCUAUCUCUGUUGGUGGCACGGGCGGCUGGUCGUCCAAAGGAUGUGACCUCAUUUCCAGGAACAACACCCACAUCAGCUGCCAGUGCAAUCACAUGACCAGCUUUGCUGUCCUUAUGGACAUCUCCAAGAGAGAGCAUGGUGAUGUUCUUCCCCUGAAGAUUGUCACCUACACGACGGUAUCCGUCUCUCUGCUGGCGCUCCUCACCUUCAUCCUGCUGGCCAUCCUGCACAAACUACGCUCCAAUCUCCACAGCAUCCACAAGAACCUGGUGGCCGCUUUGUUCUUCUCCGAGCUGAUCUUCCUCAUCGGAAUCAACCAGACCGACAACCCGUUUGUGUGUACGGUGAUAGCCAUCCUCCUGCACUACUUCUACAUGUGCACGUUUGCCUGGACAUUUGUGGAGGGUUUGCACAUUUACCGCAUGCUCACCGAAGUCAGAAACAUCAACCACGGCCACAUGCGCUUCUACUACGCCAUCGGCUGGGGGAUACCUGCUAUUAUUACAGGUUUGGCUGUGGGUUUGGAUCCUCAGGGAUAUGGAAACCCUGACUUCUGCUGGCUGUCUGUCCAUGACACCCUCAUCUGGAGUUUUGCCGGACCCAUUGCUGUAGUGGUGCUGGUCAACAUUGUUAUCUUUGUGCUGGCGGCCAAGGCGUCAUGUGGCCGUAGACAACGUUCCUAUGAGAAGUCUGGGGUCAUUCCUGCUAUGCGGAUGGCCUUUCUGCUCCUGUUGCUCAUUAGUGCCACCUGGCUGCUGGGUUUAAUGGCUGUUAACAGUGAUGUCAUGACCUUCCACUACCUGUUUGCCAUCUUCAGCUGUCUACAGGGCAUAUUCAUUUUCUUCUUCCACAUCGUGUUCAAUAAAGAGGUGAGGAAAAAUCUGAAGAACGUUUUCACAGGAAAGAAACAGUUACCUGAUGAUUCCAGCACCACGCGCACCACCCUACUGACGCGUACUCUGAACUGUAAUAACACGUACAUGGAGGACGGUGCGCUGUACCGCUCGGGCAUAGGCGAGUCGACGGUGUCUUUGGAGAGCACAGUCAGGUCAGCCAAGAGUCACAGCAGCUACCUUACUUACACACACAGGGAUGAGUUGGGUCAGAAGCCCAGUGUUUCAUCUGGAAAUGCUAAAGCCGGACACACUGACAUUGACGGCUCACUCUUCCAUAACGGCACUAAAGCAGAUGACUCAGAUUCGGACAGCGAGCUCUCCGUAGACGACCACAGCAGCUCGUAUGCCUCCUCUCACUCAUCUGACAGCGAAGAUGAAGACAUCGACAUGAAGCCCAAGUGGAAUAAUGAGAGACAACCACUACACAGCACUCCGAAGGGUACAAGAGAAGUGGACACGGUGUCCAAUCACGUCAAGCCUUACUGGCCGACUGAAACCAUGACAGCCAGUGACAGUGAAGAUCCCGGAGGGGCAGAGAGACUGAGAGUGGAGACGAAAGUUAACGUGGAGCUCCAUCAUGAAAGUAAACUCAAUCACAUUGGAGAGACCACUCAGGAGAAAGACCAACCAACACCCUCCAUCCAAGCCAACAGCAACCACCAACCUGAACAGAGGAAAGGUAUUCUGAAGAACAAGAUAUCCAAAUAUCCUCCUCCACUGACAGACAAAAACAUGAAAAACAAACUUCGGGAGAAGUUAUCGGACUACAAUCCCCCGACAAUCUCCUCCAGAGUGCCCUCUAUAGCCUCUAAUGAUGGGGGCAACGGCCACAACGUCCUCAUCAAGCCCCCUCAUCAGCCACCCGUCCAACCACGAGAACAGCAGAACGGCAUGGCCAUGAAUCUGAGAUCAGGGACUGUUAACGGCGGCAACCUGUCAGACUCUGAGAAACCUGAGGAACUUCUGCCCUCGUGAGGGGAGAAUAUCAUCCCUUGACAGUGGGAGGAAGCUGGAAAGCAAAGGUGGAUUACACAAAGACCCUUCCUGUAGGCGCACCUUGCUCUCCAGCGUGUCCCUGGGAUCCAGGCUCCAUUGGAAAACAGUAUUACUGCAGAUGUCUGCCUGUUAAAUGAAAGUUAAGGAAAGAAUAAGGGAAUGUAUCUAAAUACACAAGACCGGGUCCGCGAGGAAAUAUGGAAACUGUGCCAAACCACUAAACGUGGGACUUCAAGCAUCCCAGCAUGCCGAGCGACACGCUCUGACUGACUGACAGGUGGACUUGAAGAGACACAAGUAAUUUUGUACGUAAUUUUUUAUGAUUGCACAAGGCUGGAACUUUAUAGAGACAUUUUCCGAUUACGAAAAUCACAGAAUGCUGAAAUGUUCACCAAGUGCCCUGCUUGGCUCGUCCUCAUAGAGGAGAUCCGUCUCUUGACUAAUACUUUCCUCAUGUAAUUACUGUGUAGAUAUAUUGUUGUUGUUGUUGUUUUGAAAUUGUAAUAUUUUAAGGCACAUUUGUAUAUUGAAAAGCAUUUUUAAUAACAUUUAAUGCAAGACUAUUUUUAUCCAAUGUGGUUAAAUCACAAAUGUUUUGUACUUGAUUUGCAGAGUUAAUCAUUUGGGUUUCUCUGGUGCUCUAGUCCCAAAACACGACUAAAAGUCUAUCAAAAACACUGUUCAACUUUCACAAUAUUCAGUGGCGAUGUUUUAUAAUGUUUGAACUGUGAAGACAUGCCCUUAGACUCAAGGAAAUGAAAAUGAAUGUGUUUUCUUUUUUUAUUAAUUGACUAUUCACAAUUCAUAUUCCAAAGACGCAGCAGUGAAAGAGACUUGCAGGUGUUUUAAAUCAUAUUUCACAACAAAAGACACUGGAUUUCUUAUGACAUAGCUGUAUUUAUUUUUAUGUUUUGAGACACUGGACAAAAAUUGAAGCUGUAAAAAUAAAAGCUCUCUGAAUUUGUA